UGUCUGGCCCCAACCAUUUUUCAGAAGAAUCAAGAUUGAAAGAAACAUCAUCAACUGAAAUCCAGUGUAUGUUGAUCCCUCUUCCUCUUUUCUGUUCUGUUCUUGAUUCUUGAUACUCUCUCUCUCUCUCUCUAAAUUUGUUUUUGCUGUAAAAGAUUCUCUGGCCCCUGGUUAUUUUUUCAUACUGUAAAGAUCGAUUGUUAUAUCUAUAAGGGCCAACCCAGAAUUUCGAUUAUCGUUCCCUAUGCGUAGAGUAGAAAUUCAAAACCUUGCAUUAGAAAAGCAAAAUCUCAACUUCUGAAACUACAAUUGAUUCUUUGCCAUGGCAACCCUGCUGAAUUCAGUGUCCCCUAUUGGGAACCAAUCGCUAGAAACUACAAGAAAGGGUUGUGGGUUCUUCUCUCAAAUCCCAAAUCUCCACACAUUUUCGCUCAACAAGGGCUUUUCUAGAGUUUUGGCAUCUACCCAGAUCACCAUUUCUCCAAAAGACACUGUUGUUACUCUGCCCAACUGGAGGUCUGGGAAGAGCGACGUGAGAAGUAGGGAACUUAGACUCAAUGAUGCAUUUCUUCAUUUGGAGUAUUUGGUAGGGAAGGGCCAAAAGCCUGAUGUAGCUCAAGCAACUCAGCUCUUGUAUGAUCUGUGCAAGGCAAAUAAGAUGAGAAAGUCGAUUAGAGUGAUGGAGAUGAUGAUUUGCUCUGGUAUUAUACCUGAUGCAGCUUCCUACACCUACUUGGUGAAUUAUCUUUGUAGAAGAGGGAAUGUUGGGUAUGCAAUGCAAUUGGUGGAAAAAAUGGAGGAACAUGGAACAUGGCUUCCAACCAAUACUGUUACUUAUAAUUCGCUCGUUAGAGGACUUUGUAUGCAUGGUAACUUAAACCAGAGCUUGCAGCUUCUGGAUAGAUUGAUGCAGAAGGGUCUGAUCCCAAAUGCAUUCACUUACUCCUUCUUGCUUGAAGCUGCUUAUAAGGAGAAAGGAGUAAAUGAAGCCAUGAAGCUGUUGGAUGAGAUAAUUGCCAAGGGUGGGAAGCCUAAUUUGGUUUGUUACAACAUUUUGUUAACUGGGUUGUGCAAGGAAGGUAGGAUCGAAGAGGGCAUUCGGCUCUUCAGGGAUUUCCCUUCCAAGGGGUUCAUUGCAAAUGUUGUGAGUUAUAACAUUUUGUUGAGGAGUUUGUGCUAUGAGGGGCAGUGGGAGGAAGCAAAUGAGCUUCUGGCUGAGAUGGAUGGUGAGGAUCGCUCGCCCUCAAUCGUUACUUACAACAUAUUGAUUGGUUCACUUGCUCUGCACGGCAGAACUGAACAUGCUCUUGAGGUAUUAGAAGAAAUGAUGAGGAGACGGUUCAAGCCUACUGCUGCAAGCUACAACCCAAUAAUUGCUCGUCUCUGCACUGAGGGGAAGGUAGAUCUUGUGGUUAAGUGUUUAGACCAAAUGAUUUGUCGUCAUUGUACUCCCAAUGAAGGAACUUACAAUGCGAUUGCUGUGCUCUGUGAGGAGGGGAUGGUGCAAGAGGCUUUUUCUAUAAUUCAAAGCUUGGGUAAUAAGCAAAACUCCUCUAUGCAUGAUUUCUACAGAAGUGUGAUUACAGGCCUGUGCAGAAAAGGGAAUACAUUUCCAGCAUUUCAGCUUUUAUAUGAGAUCACAAAGCAUGGAUUUACGCCAGAUUCCUACACCUAUUCAUCGUUAAUCAGAGGAUUGUGUAUGGAAGGAAUGCUAGAUGAGGCUAUGGAGAUAUUCUGGGUAAUGGAAGAAAAUAACUACAGGCCUGAUACUGACAAUUUCAAUGCACUUAUACUUGGAUUUUGCAAAUCUCAAAGAACAGAUUUGUCCUUUGAGGUAUUUGAGAUGAUGAUUGAGAAAGGGUAUAUGCCUAAUGAAACAACUUACACCAUUAUUGUGGAAGGGAUUGCCCACGAAAAAGAAAAUCAGCUGGCAGCUAAAGUUUUGAAAGAGUUGCAUCUUAGGCAGGUUGUGAGUCAGAGUACAGUGGAAAGACUUGUUAUGCAGUAUGACCUUGAGGGUCUCCCAGUAUAGAUAACAUGAGAAUACCAAGAGUAUAGAAUGAAGCAAACAUGACCAUGGGUUUUGUAGGUGAAAGAUUUGUUUAUUCAGUUUGAUAGCUAUGUACAAUCAUGGAUUUUGUAGAUUGGUCAAUGAAAGAAAGCCUCUUUUAGAAGAUGAUAUUGUAUGCUACUGUUUAGAAGUGAACAAGUUCACGCAGGAGGAUCUCAGCACUGUGGUAACCCUUUAUUUGCUUCAAGGUCUAUAUUUAUUUGUAAAUCGGAGCCAGUUAAUUUUGUAAACACUUUUACUUUGAGUUCACAUAGCAACUUUAGUCUAACAGCUGAUAUGUAAUUUAGCUGGUCACACCUUACCUAAUGCAGACCAAUUUUUUGGUGCCUUUAUUUUAUUUUAUUUCAA